GCCUGUUGUCACUGGCGCCAAACUAGCGGAGCGCGCACUUCCGGUCCUUCGCCUCAGCCUGCCGGCAACCUCCCGCGCUCCUCCGUUCUCUCUCCUGCCUUCGCGUCUGCAGUUCCUGUUAGAGGCAUCGGAUCCCCUCUGUUUUUAGCAGCAUAUCAGGCAACUUUUACUGCUUCAGGUAUGGCUUUCAGACCGAUUUUUGCUAUAGCCUGGGUUGCCAAGGCUAUGGAAGUUUGGGUUGAACAGACAGCACAACUUAUUGGCUCUGAAGACCCUUCUACAGAUGCCCUUUUAUCGCAAAUAGCGGAUGCCACAUCUUAUAUCUGUGACGCUUCCUUAGAUGCUGCAAAACUGGUGGCUAAGGCAUCAGCACAAUCCGUAGCCGCCCGAAGAUUCCUGUGGUUGAAGUCAUGGUCAGCUGAUCUGACAUCCAAAAGAUCACUCGUUAGCCUCCCCUUCCUGGGUAAGCAGCUGUUCGGGGCCGAGUUGGACAAGAUCAUAUCACAAGCCACCGGUGGUAAAAGUACCUUGCUCCCUCAGACCAGAUCAAAGAGAACCACUUUUAAGAGAAGACCGUUUUUUCGGCCCUUCCGCCAGGGUCAGCGGACGAAGCCUCAAGCAGACAAGUCCAACUCUAACUUUCGCCAGCGUUACCAGAACAAGCAGGGAGCCCACUGGUCGUCUUCAAAGGGACAGACCAAGCCCUCCCAGGACAAAUCCGCCACUGCAUGAAGGCGUAUCCACCCUCGGAGGGGUCCCCUUAGGCGGCCGCCUAA